AUGUCCGGGUCCGCAGCGCCCUCCCACGGCUCCGCUGCCCUCAACAGCGGACCCGGCGGUCUCGUCGCGAUGCCAGGACUGCGCAGCGCGCAGAGGGCAGCGCGGGCCCUGCCUCAGGCUCCACGCUCCACGCUCCACGAUAGGGGUCAGGCAUCAAGAGGCAUUUUCGGCCUCGCCAGAUCUUACGGCAGCUGUCUCGGAUUCGACGACGCCGUCUCCAGACGACAACGCGAUGCGACACUUUCGCCCAAGCCUGGAGGCCACGCGCGCGGGAUGCUGGGCGACGAGCAUUCGUCCACAUGCACGGAACGCACACCGACUGCUCUUAGUGAUAGUCUGAUAGACCUCUGCUGCCCUCGUCCAUGUCCCGAUUCGCAGCGCAGACGCGGGCUUUCGGCGGUGAGCCCCUUGCGGCCGGGCCAAGAGACCGAAAGUCAAUUGCAUUCUCCCCGUCGCUGGGACGCUGCUGGCUAA